AUGCCGCCGAGUAAAAGCCUCUUUGCGCCCUUCAUCUCGGUGGACCCGGAGGGGGGACCCGGCCCCGCGGCCCCGGUGGCUCUCCACGCAGACAUCCACGCUCUGCUGCAGCGGAGAGGCGCGCAGGAGCGGCAGGGGACAGAGCGCUCCAGGCGGGGCUGCGACCACCGAGACCCUCCGUGCGCCAUCGUGGAGCUCCGGCUGGGCCCCGCGCUGCACUACCUCCAGCCGGACAAGUGCGCUCUGGAGCGGGCGCAGAGACGGCGACGCCUCGCGGCCAACGCCCGGGAGCGGAGGAGGAUGCUGGGGCUCAACGUCGCCUUCGACCGGCUCCGGAGCGUCAUCCCCAACCUGGAGAGCGACAAGAAGCUCUCCAAAUCGGAGACGCUCCAAAUGGCGCAGAUUUACAUCGCCACCCUCAGCGAGCUGCUCCAGGAGGGGCCCUGCGAAGCCGCGGCACCGAUCCGCGCACCGCGGCCCCCGGGGGCCUCUCCGCCCUCACAGGGGACCGCAGUCCUGGCAGGGGAGCCAUCGGGGCCAGUCAGGGACUUUCACUCCGGGAAGAGCAGCUGUGUCCCGGUGCGCACAGAGGAGGAGGAGGAGGAGGAGGAGGAGAGGAGUUAUAACCAGGACAUGUGGGAGAGAAGCAGCGGGACCAAGUGACGCUGAAAACCUGAGUGAACUUUUAAAAAUGAGACUUUUCUAUUUUUCUACAAGAUUGUAAUUAUUGGUUUCCUCCAGUUGAGACACUGAACUCCAAGAAUUCUCACUUUGUAACGCACAAUUCAUGAUGCCUGACACUGUAGCUGAGGUUCGAUGUGUUCUGCCAUAAAUGUCUCAUAACUAUGCAACAUAUUGUGUUUUCCUUCUGACCAGCGAGGCUGCAGUGAGCUUGAAUCUCUGCAAAAAAGUUCUAAACCAGAUUUCAUUUUUCCAAAGCGUUUAUUUCCUGUUCAUCAUCGACUGUGGGAGUACAGGAAGAAAAGAAAAGACGGAGCAGGAGGUACUGAAAGUAGCAAUUUUUAUUAUUUUAAAAUUAUGUACAGGUAACCAAAGACAUCAGUCUGCAAAUUGGUACAAAGAUCAAGUUUUCCUGCAGUUGGCUUGUUAAGAAGCUCUCUGUCUGUCUGUCCAAAACAACAACACGACUGGGAGAAAAGGCUUUAGAAAAUGAAAAAUAGAGUCAGAUUCAGAAAAGUAGAGUCUACUGGUCUAAAUUUAAAUUUAACCCUCCCACCCCCACCCACGAACCCCACCCACAGUCCCACCCGCACCCCAUUAUACCCAUCAGCCUCUCCUCCUAUGUGAGGAAAUCAAUCUAUGUACAAGGACUAUGUACAAAAAGCUAUUCCAUUCAUUCUUCCAGACGUCUGUGAAUAAAGCUCUUGUAAACUUAACAAAAAAAA